AUGGCUUCAGCACCGAAUACAGAUGGGAAAUCUCUUCCAAUUGCAAACUUAUCAGAUGAACUAGAAAAGAUUAUACAUCUCGAUGGAAGAAUGCUUGAAGGCGGCGGGCAGCUGGUCCGCAACGCCGUAGCCCUCUCCGCUCUGACAGGCCUCCCGAUAACCAUCUCCAACGUUCGAGGCAAUCGCCAAGGGCGAAAGGGAUUAAAAGGCUCUCAUGCUGCAGCAAUCGGGUUUAUCACAGAUGUAUGUCAGGGAGAAGUCGUUGAUGGACAUGUCGGGUCUCAGAAGAUGACAUUUUAUCCUCGGAAAGGAUAUUCCUACCAAAGUCAAGAGCAGACUAUCUCAUCUGCACUAUUACAAACGAGACUAUCCAAGCAAGAGGCACCAGCAAUAAAACCAGAAUAUAAGAUCCAACAAAAUACGGCGGGAUCUAUCUCUCUGGUAUUCCAGGCUCUAUACCCCUAUCUGGUCUAUGCCGGUAGCUUGUCAACAACGGUUGAUACCAAAGAGCCUAUAAGAGUGUACGUUACCGGCGGCACGAAUGUCACUUUUUCUCCUUCCUUCGAUUACAUAGAGCAAGUUCUAGUACCCAACUUGCGAACACUGGGGCUACCAAAGUUGAAUGCCAGAUUGCACAAACGUGGAUGGUCAACGGGACCGAGAGAUCUUGGGGCUGUGACAUUUGACGUGUAUCCUCUAGAGAGAUCGAUCAAACUCCGGAAGAACCAUUGGUUCCCAGUUCUCAAACUGCAUGAGUAUAGGAGGACGGAGGUCACCAAGAUAGACAUUACAAUCCUGGCUCCUGAUAUCAAUAUUCAAAACCAAGAAGCACACGGGAACCGUCAAGAUAGACGGAGAGCCAAACAUGAAAAAGCCCGAAACUACGACUAUGACGUGUUUCCCAACUGGAAAAUACGAGAGUACCUUGAAGAACAAAGCCAAAAGGCUUUGCGCAGGGCUUUGAAGGGGUUAGACGAUAGAAUUAUCGCCGGAGCACGACCUGAUGACAGUGAAGAUAGUAGCCAAGAGUUUCCAAUUGAUAUACGCCUUUCGGAAGCCACCAAUCACCAUACACAUAUUUACAUCUUGCUGGUGGCGCACAUGUCGAACGGCCUGACCCUAGGGAGCGAUGCACUCUUCAAUGGAUACGAAAAGCGCGACGGACGCAAUAACGGUAAUAACAGCGGCGGCAAUACGGUAGCAACCCUAAACGCACUGGUCGACAACUGCGUUUGUAGCCUUGUCGACGAAUUGAGGGGGCUGAAGAGAGAUGCCGCCGCAAACACGGGCAAGCAUCAGCCGGCUGUGGACGUUCACAUGCGUGACCAGCUGGUCAUUUUCGAAGCGUUGGGGUUAUUGAACGAAUCAGCAAGACAGAUUGAUGAAGCCGGUGUAUCGAAAGAGCGAGAUGGCGAGGACGAGCGAUACUGGAGUCUCCAUACUCGGACUGCCCGAUGGGUGUGUGAACAGAUUCUAGGGCAAGGUAUCUGGAAUAGCACCUGA